GAGGGCUGUCUCCCGCUCUCCCCCAUCCCCUGCCAUGGGCAGGGCCUGGCCAGGGGUAUAAAUAGGUCAGACUGCUGGGCUUCCCCCACUCUUCCUCUCUCUCCAACCCUCUCUCCUCAGCACUUCUCCUCUCUUGGCCUGGGCCCUGGGCAGCCUUCCAGCAGCCUCGCCCAGCCCAACGCUGGGAGGGAGAAGAAUGGGCUGGGGUGGGGCUGCUGUGGACUGAGCGUGGGAGUGAAUGGACCGAGUGAGGGGUGAAGAAAGCGCUCUUGUGGAGCUGGCUGCCCGAAACCCAGAGCCUGUGCCCCGGGCCCUGCAGGGGUUCGCUGCCUCAAGCACGGAUUUCCCAUUGUGCACACCCACCUGCCAGGAGCCGAACCCCACUUUUUGGGCUGCCUCUAUGAUCCUGACUGCCGCCAUGGCGUGCCCCCUGGAGAAGGCCCUCGAUGCGAUGGUGUCCACCUUCCACAAGUACUCAGGCAAGGAGGGUGACAAGUUCAAGCUCAACAAGUCUGAGCUAAAGGAGCUGUUGACCCGGGAGCUGCCCAGCUUCUUGGGGAAAAGGACAGAUGAAGCUGCAUUCCAGAAGUUGAUGAGCAACCUGGACAGCAACAAGGACAACGAGGUGGACUUCCAGGAGUACUGCGUCUUCCUGUCCUGCAUCGCCAUGAUGUGCAACGAGUUCUUCGAAGGCUUCCCCGAUAAGCAACCCCGGAAGAAAUGAAGUCUUCUCAGAUGUGGGGCCGGGGCCUGCCAGCUGGGGUCUUCCCUGUUGGCGGUGGGCACAGCGCCUCGCACUGGCUCCUCCAGAUGUGAGCACGAUACUAAACAAGUUCAAUAAAGAUUCUUGAAAGCUA